AUGCCAUUCCCCAGCCUGCGGCGGCGAACCGUCAACGAGGCAAUCCAACUGCCGGAUGAGCACAAGUCUCCCUCGCCCUCACCAUCACCAAGAGCUCGCUCAGCCACCGUCCCUGGCCUUACCCCCCGCAAAAGCUUGUCCUCUCUCAUCAGCUCGGUCAGGAAGAGAGGAAAUCCAAAUCCCUUGCCAACCAGAUCCCACCAUGAUGCCCUCGAGCAGGAACUAUACUCCAUCUACGAUGCCUCGAAUCCUGACCACGACCCUGAUCGAGCCGGCCGAAGUCCCUCAGCAACAGACAAAGACAAGCGCUACUAUCGGACACCAAGCCCUCAUCCUCUCAAAAUGUCAGCCGCAUCUUCUCUCUCAAGAUUGUCUAAACUCAGUCGUGGCACCCCAAGCAGCAGAAGUUCAGACCUUUCCCAGGCAGGAUCACCCCCCAAAACCUUCCUCGAAACGCUAGCAGACGCUAUUCGAGCCCCAACUUCAUUAUUCUACAAGGAGAAUAAGAGCAGCUCAAAAACGGAGGAUAGCAAUACCUGGAGCAGCAAGCCUCCGUCCCCGGCAAAGAGUACCAGUCCGAAGAAAUCUGUCAGAUUCAAGCCCGGAAAAUCAAUCAUCGAGGAUGAACCGAGGUCUUCUCCCAUCGACAUUCCCAGAGCAACACCCUCUCUGCCUCCUGUUCAGCUUGCGAGCACGCCGCUCUUGCAAUGCUUCGGGAAUGACCAUCCACAUCUCAUCCCCACCGGCAGGCCUCCUCCUCCGCGAGUACUGGACUCCACCAUCAACUUCCGCCAAGCGAUGGCUGCUGCCCAGACGUCCAUUACUGAGGACGAGCUACGGGAUGUCUUCUCAGUCGGCACCCCAGCGUCAGAACUUCCAGUGCCCUUGCCUGGUGUGACUAUCUCAGCGGAGAAUCCGUUGAGCGAAGCAAGGGAUGGACGUGAGAUGGAGUUUCAACAGGGUAUGCUUCAAGAGUACGAUAACCAGUUUUCCAGCAAAGAACUGGAGCCUUGCCGAUCCGCAGACAUUGUUAUUGAGACAGACUUUGUCGCCAACGAUGAACGAGUCCAAGAUUUACCUGCAGGCAAUUACGUUGAAACCAUGAUGGCAACCACUCGACCACAUUUCGCCUUUGAUCCAUGCCAAUAUGCUGGGAGCCCAAGGGAGUCCAUGUCCUCCAGCGACAGCAGUCAUGAUGUCGUAUUCCCUGAGCUUGCAAACACUCUCGUCGCUACAUCGGAUGUUGAACUCGAGGAGACCGCCACCGUUAAAGACAGUACGGAUUCGGAUUGCUCUGAUGGACCAUCACUCAUCUUGGCGCGUCCGGCAUUGAUGACUGCUGAAGGCGAGGACAUAUGGCAAGGAGAUCCAACCCAUGAAGACAUUCGUCUCCGUUUUAAGCACCCGGAAUGCUAUGGGCCCAUAGAUUCUCGUGAUUCUCGUGAUAUGGACAGCGCCUCGGGCUUGAAUGCAGACUCGCAGCCAACCACGCGCGUCAAAGCAGCUAUGACUCCGUCGCCAGACUCGACUGCAGAAUCGAGCCCGAUCCAACUUCCACCAUCUGCCGCUUCUCAUGACUUGACCACAGAAGUGAAGAGAAAGAGAUAUCAAUAUUCGACCUCCGAUGAAGUGGGUGACAAAUAG